AUGGAAGAGUCUCAUAACAAUAAAAAACGAGUCAGGGAUGACUCAUGCGAGUCGGAGUUGGAUUUGCCGGAGGUGAAGAAAAUUAGAGAGGAUUUAUUGGGUAUCCUUGACGACUCGGACCCUGACUCGCUGGGUCAGGAUCUUGACUCAGUCAUGAAGAGUUUUGAGCAAGAGAUAUCUGCGUCUACCUCAUCUUCGGUGCCUGUCGUUGACCUGACGUCUGAAUCCGGCGAGUCCCAGCCGGAUCUCGGGUACCUUCUUGAAGCUUCUGACGAUGAGCUUGGCUUGCCUCCUUCGUCGAUUAAUUCGACGAGCGAGGAGGUCAAGGGCGGGGAAGAGACUAAGAUUGUCCGAGUCGACUCAGCCGAAUCAUCCGGCAUAGGCGGUGAGGUGUGGAGGUUCGACGAUCAGAUCCCGACUUAUGACUCGUUCGGGCUGGGAGUAGGGGACAGUAAUUAUAACAGCGAGUACGUGGCGUUCGAUGAUGGGUUGUUCGAGUACUCUAAUGUCUGUUUCGACUCGUCCGAGUUUUCGGAUUUUUCGUGGCGUUUAGGUGGCAUGCCGGCCGAGUAA